GGAAUACGGGAAGCUGCGGCGGUGCUCGCGAGCUUACGGCAGCGUGGCGCACACGCGGCAGGGUUGCCCUAAGCAACCGGCGCGUCCCCGCCCGGCGGUCAGCUGAUGGGCCGCCCGCGGGGGAGGCCGCGGCUCGAACAUGGCGGCGGAGAUCCACUCCAGGCCGCAGAGCAGCCGCCCGGUGCUGCUGAGCAAGAUAGAGGGCCACCAGGACGCCGUCACCGCCGCGCUGCUCAUCCCCAAGGAGGACGGCGUGAUCACCGCUAGCGAGGACAGAACCAUCCGAGUAUGGCUGAAAAGAGACAGCGGCCAGUACUGGCCCAGCAUCUACCACACAAUGGCCUCUCCUUGCUCUGCUAUGGCUUACCAUCAUGACAGCAGACGGAUAUUUGUGGGCCAGGAUAACGGGGCUGUAAUGGAAUUUCACGUUUCUGAAGAUUUUAAUAAAAUGAAUUUUAUCAAGACCUAUCCAGCCCAUCAGAACCGAGUGUCCGCUAUCAUCUUCAGCCUGCCUGCCGAGUGGGUGAUCAGCACUGGCCACGACAAGUGUGUGAGCUGGAUGUGCACGCGCAGCGGGAACAUGCUUGGCCGCCACUUCUUCUCAUCGUGGGCCUCCUGUUUGCAGUAUGAUCUGGAUACUCAACAUGCCUUUGUCGGUGACUACUCGGGACAGAUCACCCUGCUGAAGCUGGAGCAGAACACCUGUUCCGUUAUCACGACCCUCAAGGGACAUGAAGGUAGUAUCGCCUGCCUUUGGUGGGACCCUAUCCAACGGUUACUCUUCUCGGGAGCAUCCGACAACAGCGUCAUCAUGUGGGACAUCGGGGGACGGAAAGGCCGGACACUCCUCCUUCAGGGCCACCAUGACAGGGUGCAGUCACUGUGCUACCUGCAGCUCACGAGGCAGCUCGUCUCCUGCUCGGCAGAUGGUGGCAUUGCAGUGUGGAACAUGGAUGUUAGCAGAGAAGAGGCUCCUCAGUGGUUAGAAAGCGAUUCCUGUCAGAAGUGUGAGCAGCCCUUCUUCUGGAAUAUAAAGCAGAUGUGGGACACGAAGACGCUGGGGUUGAGGCAGCAUCACUGCAGGAAGUGUGGGCAGGCCGUCUGUGGGAAGUGCAGCAGCAAGCGGUCCAGCUACCCUGUCAUGGGCUUCGAGUUCCAGGUUCGAGUUUGUGAUUCCUGUUACGACUCCAUCAAAGAUGAGGACCGGACAUCUCUAGCAACAUUUCAUGAAGGAAAACAUAACAUUUCCCAUAUGUCCAUGGACAUUGCGAGGGGACUGAUGGUGACCUGUGGGACAGAUCGUGUUGUCAAGAUAUGGGAUAUGACUCCUGUGGUGGGCUGCAGCCUGGCAACUGGAUUUUCUCCACACUGAUCCCGGAACUGGGUGAUGUCUGCUGAACAUUACGCACAGCAACCUCCAUGAACGGAGACCCUUCAUGUAGCUCAACAGCCACUGUCGUGUGAAUGGACAGUAGCCACCUAAAAAAACCAAAUCAAUAUUUUUAAAAAGAAAAAAAUCUAUAUAAAGAUGUGUUUGGGGGUAUUUGUGGAAAUUAUCUGUGGGGACUAACACCUAAAAGGUCUGUCCACCAAGGUCUCCUAAGGAAUGGGAUUUCCUCAGCAAAACUGCCUCAUGAGCAUUGAACCAGUGGGUAAGGAGGGGACUGCCAGCAAAUGAAGGGUUUUGAAGGACAUUUUUUGAACAAAAAAGGUUAGUGCUUAGAACUUCUUAAAUGCAAACCCAGGAGCACACAUGGGGUCUCAUGAGAGGGCCCCUGAGGCCCCUGAGAGUACCCCGAUACGCAAUCAGGAGUUGUGGGGAGAGCUGUCCGUCUUUCUUCAGGGGAGGUGGCCAGGUGUAAGAAACCUAAGCUUGCCAUACAGAUGUUCUCUACAGCGAGUUGCUGAUAAACUUUGUCAAGGCACCUGUUCUGUCAGGUCAUGUCCUAAUUUGCUCUUGGGUUUGGCUCACUGCAGUUGUUUCUGUCCCAGCCAGUGUCCCAUGAACCUUUAUAGCUGUCCUAUAACAAGACAGCAGACAUUCGUCUCUCUCUCCCAAACCUGCUCUGUGGACAAAGCUUUCUUUUAUGGUGCUGUUGUACAAGCCUCCUGACAUUUUUUUCUUUGUAGCUAGUCACGACCCAUGGCAAGCUCAGCUACCCAUGGUGGUGAUGGGUGCCAGCAGCCUGCUCCAUGGGACAGCCCAGUCUUGCUAACUGAUACAUUUGUUUGCAGUCCCAAGACAAGCCCUUAUGAUAUGGUAGCAAUUUAUGCCCCUCAGAAGAAGUACUCUGGAGCUAUUAUAUUAUGUUGUAGCUGUGACCAGUGUUACUCAUGUGUCAUAGGGAGAAAUUGGUGACCCAUUGCUAAAACUAGCAGUCAGGUCUUGUAUAGUAAUCCCUAACUUGUAAAUUGCUUUCAUAGCAUUUAGAAGAGCUGUUGUAUGAAAUGUGUUGUCCAGUUUUUGACCAGAUUACCAGGAGAUGUUUAUGUAUGUUUAUGUUGACAGAAAGUAGCACAUGGACUAUUCCAGUAGAACCUCUGGAGCCUACUGCUUUCCAAUAGGAAGGGCCAACUGCUUUAAAGGAUAAAUAAUGAAUACCCACAGGAUCAGUGUGACUCUUGCUAAUGGGUAUCAAUUUAAAAUCUCACUGCGGCACUGUGUUGGAUUACAUCAAGAUCAGGGACAUUCUGCCAGAUAGAACUAAGGCUUUAUCACUUCAUCAACAUGGUUUACAAGGAGGGAAAACUUUGUAACAGGCAGUAAAGCUAUGGUGCCCCAGUGGACAAAGACACAAAUAAUGAGGAAAGGAAAGGCAGCCAGGCAUGAUGGGCUCUGUAUUUGCAGGGAGCUCUUGUCUUCAGAAAUAAGACCAAAGGGUUUUGUUGCCCCCUUUUAAGUUUUAUGUUAUGUCACUUUAACUGGUGAUCCUUCACCGGAUUUUCCUUACACUAUACAAGAUGUUCAUUGCUAGAGCUUUGGACAAGAGAGUGUGUGACAUUUUGAAACAUUGUAGAAUGCUCUCCUUGCUCUGCAUGUUUUAGCUCAGUCUGUAGUUCUGCCCAUGCAAGGGAAACAGACCAUGAUGGAGUCAUUGCCUGUGGAAUAGUGCUGAGCCAGCGUGAAUUGAUUGGGCCAGAAGCAUCUGUGAAAUGUGACUGUUGGAUAUCUGUGGUAGAUUGAACUGAAUGUUCUCCCUCUCUUUUUUAAAGCUUUCUGAUGUAAAACCCUGUGCCCCAUAGAGAGCAUGUAGUUGGUUUGAGCCUUAAAAAAAGAGGCUAAUAGAAAUCAAGGGGGAAAUUAGACUUAAGGGAGAUUAGGGGAGGGACCUUGGGAGGGAAUGCAGGCUGUUUGAAUGCACUUCACUCCUCACUUGGGCCUGUGGUCACGUCUUCUUUCAAAAAUGUAUUUGCCAGGCUCCCCUGAUGUGUCACCUGUCGGGUAGCAAAGGGGGUCAUAUUUUUCUAUAGAGGGUGAAGGUUAUAUUCUCAAGUUUACUGACUGAAGGGACAACAAGGCUCAUGCUUUUUGCCCUGUUGCUGAACAGAUCACUAAAGAGAGUUCCUUAAGUAACAACUACUGUCCUUUCCGUCCCAGAAUUCUCAAGCUAAUUUGUACAGACAAGGAUCAAGAAGUAGAGGAUGUUAGACAAGAGUCUCGAACUUAGAUCUAGUGUGUAAUAAAGUGAUGCCAAGUCUUUAUGCU